CUUGACCCUGCGCAGCAGGCGGUGCAGGGAGCGCUGUGUGAGGGAGAGAGCAGGCGGAGCCGCCUCCUGGGACUCGUGCGCUACCGCCCGGAACGCGGUGGCGAGGAGCAUGCGUCAGUGACGGGUUCAGUCCUUGCCUCUCUGGCCCUGGGUUUUAUUAUUCUCCACUGUCCUUCCAGCUGGACUUCAUGCCCUCUAGGGCAGAGUCUGAGGCGUCUAGAAUAAUUGUAAUAAUGAUAAUUAAUAGUUUUUGACCACUAUAGGCCAAGCCCUCUGUAUUCUUAGCUCAUAUAAUCCUCAAAAUUUGAUGAGAAAACUUCUCAAGAAGACGGUUGAACAUAAUGCUCCAGAUCUUGAGCCCCGUGGCCUGACUGUCUUGGGUUCAAAUUCAGGCUUUGUUACUUCCGAGCCAUGUCAUCCUGAGCAAACCUCAAUGUGUCCGGACUAAAGAUUAAAAUGAGUUACUACACGUAAAGUGUUUAAAACGCUGUGCAGCAUAUAGAAAGGGCUCCGUAAAUGCUGCUAGUAAUACCCACAUAUUACACAGAAGCAGAGAGAGAAUAAUUAAUAUCUAUCAAAGGUCUCACAGCCAGAAAGUGAACCUCAGGGUCUCAGAGCUGGGAAGGUGGAGCCUUAGACAUUUUCGAACCCACCACCCUCACCUUACAGAUGGAAAAGCUGAGGUUCAGGGAGGGAGUGGGGAGGCUAAGAUUGCCCUGUUCUUGUCACUUGCAGUGCUAGAACGCACCAGGGGGAGAUCAAACGUGGGUUUUACUAACAAGGCAGGGGCUCCCCGAAAUGAGGCAAGUUCAGCUUUGAUGACCCAACAGUCUCUGGUGGGCACCAUGAGCAGAGAGGCGUGAGCACAGCCCCAGGAACCAAGGAGACAGUGCGAGCACCCCGAGGCUUCCCCGAUGGGCCUGAGGGACGACUACAGGCCCCCUGUCCUCACUCUCCUUCCUGCCCUCAGUCUCUUCCUGUACACACACCGGAGGAUGGCCAUUACCGGGGACGAUGUCUCCUUGGACCAGAUCGUGCCGAUCUCUCGGGAUUUCGCUCUGGAAGAAGUGUCCCUGGAUGGUGAAGUCUACUUUCUUGGCUCAGAUGUCACCGUCCAGCUGGACACAGCGGAGCUCAGCCUCGUAUUCCAGCUCCCCUUUGGUUCACAAACCAGAACAUUUCUCCAGGAAGUCGCCAGGGCCUGUCCAGGUUUCGACCCCGCGGCCCUGGAUCCUAAGUUUCUGUGGCUGUCUCGAUACAGGCGCAAGGAGCCGGAGCCCGAGCCACCCACGCCGCGCGGCUGGAAGUCAGCCGCGGGCACCCGGCCCGGGCGUGCUAUAAUUGGCGGAGGUGAUUCUUCCUUUGAUGAGUCGAGACCAGAUGGGAAGGGUCUGCUUGUGGACCGAAGCUCCCGGGGUCAGGAUAAACCAGAAAACUUGCUCCCAAGACAGAAUAAGUCCAAAUCUGAAAUAACUGACAUGGUUCGCUCCUCCACUGUCACAGUAUCAGACAAGGCUCAUAUUUUAUCCAUGCAGAAGUUUGGACUGCGAGAUACAAUCGUGAAAUCACAUCUAAUGCAGAAAGAAGAGGAUUAUACCUAUAUCCAGAACUUCAGGUUUUUUGUGGGAACAUACAAUGUGAAUGGACAGUCCCCUAAGGAGUGCCUCCGGCCCUGGCUCAGCCAUGGUAUCCAGGCCCCAGAUGUAUACUGUGUGGGGUUCCAGGAGCUUGAUUUGAGUAAAGAAGCCUUUUUCUUCCAUGAUACCCCAAAGGAGGAAGAGUGGUUUAAAGCUGUAUCAGAGGGUCUUCAUCCAGAUGCCAAAUAUGCAAAGGUAAAGCUCAUCCGACUGGUUGGGAUUAUGCUGCUGUUAUAUGUCAAACAAGAGCAUGCAGCGUACAUCUCAGAAGUGGAAGUUGAGACGGUGGGGACAGGAAUCAUGGGGAGGAUGGGUAACAAAGGAGGUGUGGCAGUCCGGUUCCAGUUUCACAACACCAGCAUCUGCAUUGUCAAUUCCCACCUGGCAGCCCACACGGAGGAGUAUGAGAGGAGGAACCAAGACUACAAAGACAUUUGUUCUCGAAUGCAGUUUCGUCAGGUUGACCCAAGCCUCCCCCCUCUCACCAUCAGCAAGCACGAUGUGAUCUUGUGGCUGGGGGACCUCAACUACAGAAUAGAAGAGCUGGAUGUGGAAAAAGUGAAAAAGCUCAUCGAAGAGAAGGCCUUUCAAACCCUGUAUGCGAAUGACCAGCUGAGAGCUCAGGUGGCUGCAAAGGCUGUCUUCGAAGGCUUCAGCGAGGGUGAGCUCACGUUCCAGCCCACCUACAAGUAUGACACUGGCUCUGACGAUUGGGAUACCAGCGAGAAGUGUCGUGCUCCUGCCUGGUGUGACCGGGUCCUCUGGAAAGGGAAGAACAUCACUCAGCUGAGCUACCAGAGCCACAUGGCCCUGAAGACCAGCGACCACAAGCCCGUCAGCUCAGUGUUUGACAUCGGGGUGAGGGUCGUAAAUGAAGAGCUUUAUCGGAAGACUCUGGAGGAGAUUGUUCGCUCCUUGGAUAAGAUGGAAAAUGACAACAUUCCUUCUGUGUCCCUCUCCAAGCGAGAGUUCUGUUUUCAGAACGUGAAGUACAUGCAGCUGCAGGUAGAGUCCUUCACCAUUCGGAAUGGACAAGUACCGUGUCAGUUUGAAUUCAUCAACAAGCCUGACGAAGAGUCUUACUGUAAGCAGUGGCUGAGGGCCAACCCCAGCCGAGGGUUCCUCCUGCCAGAUUCUGCCAUUGAGAUUGAAUUGGAGCUCUUUGUAAAUAAGACCACAGCUACAAAGCUCAACUCGGGUGAAGACAAAAUCGAGGACAUUCUCGUUUUACACUUGGACAGGGGAAAGGAUUAUUUUUUGUCUGUGUCUGGGAACUACCUGCCUAGCUGUUUCGGAUCGCCCAUUCACACGUUGUGCUACAUGAAGGAGCCAAUCUUGGACCUGCCGCUAGAAACUGUUAGAGAGCUGACUCUGAUGCAACUUCAGACUGAAGAUGAUGGGAGCCAGUUGGAAAGACCCAUGGAUAUCCCCAAAGAGCUCUGGAUGAUGGUUGAUUACCUGUACCGAAAUGCCAUCCAGCAGGAAGAUCUGUUUCAGCAGCCAGGCCUGAGGUUGGAAUUUGAGCAUAUCAGGGACUGUUUGGAUAGUGGAAUGAUUGAUAAUCUCUCUGCUAGCAAUCACUCCGUAGCCGAAGCCCUGCUGCUUUUCCUGGAGAGCCUGCCAGAGCCCGUCAUCUGUUACAGCGUCUACCACAACUGCUUGGAGUGUUCUGGCAACCUCACAGCAAGUAAACAGGUCAUUGCUACCCUUCCCGCGUGCCACAGAAAUGUCUUCAUCUACUUGAUGGCGUUUUUGCAAGAACUGCUGAAAAAUUCAGCAAAAAAUCAUUUGGAUGGUAAUAUUCUAGCUAGCAUAUUUGGUAGCUUACUGCUUCGAAACCCAGCUGGUCACCAAAAGCUUGAAGUGGCAGAGAAGAAGAAGGCUCAAGAAUUUAUUCACCAGUUCCUCUGCAACUCACCCUGAGCCUGUCCAUCUCCUCUCCUAUUCUGCCUGAGGCAGCCAAUUACCAGCCCCACCUGUUUCAGCUCCAGAGCUGCCCUAAGAGCACGUGAGCCCACUGGGAUGCCAGAGUGGCAGCUGCCUGUUUCCUGAGCCCAGACUGCCCUCCCCACCAUGACUGUCACACUCAAUGCUGCUGCUGCGAGUUGUGAAGACAUGACGGGAAAUCCACCACAAUAAAACUGACAUUCAGCGUUCAAAUUUAGUUAUUUAACAGAUAGAUCUAUUUUUUUUUUAAUGUUUAAACAACUGUACUUCUUGUGCUCACUCAACCUGCCUCCAGGGCAUACAGUGCCUUCCCUGUAGCUUGGGCCGGGCUCCCCAUGAUCAGAUAUUUGAACAAACUUUGGAGUCCUGAAGGAUGAAUGAGUUGGACGGCAAGAAUGCAAAUGGAAGCUGCUGGAUAAAGAGGCCACAGCCACCCCAGAUGCUUCCAGCUCUCUGUCUGAGGACAUGUGUUUACACAUAUUGCAAACCCUACCCCCCUUCCCACUCAGAUACGGCUCAACAACUCUGGAGCUGGCCACUCAGCCUCCGAGGGCAAUGCAGUGGCUUGAAAAUGAAAAUAUUGAAGAAAUUGGUGUUCUGGUGAAACAAGUGGAAUUUUCUGGGCCAACAAAUCCUCCAAACUGUAUAUAAUGCAUCCCCUCUCUUAUAUGUGUAAUGUAUUUUAAUGAUAAAUGUAUUUUUAACAGUG